UACCACGUGUUCGGUGUCAUCCUUCAGAACGACACAGCGACUCUUUGUAAAACCGAGCUUGUUACUACGUUGUUAUUUAAGGGAGCUGGACUCUUUCCGCGGUGCGUCAGUAUCCCAGCCUGCUUUAAUGGCUAUUAAAGACUGCUAUUUGGAUUAAACUUGACCGUUGUAGACAGUUUAUUUCAGGGUGCACAGUGUUUUUGAGACUCAAACAGCUAGCUAGACCGAGCAAGUGUAGGGCUAGCUUGCUAACGUUAGUUAUUUACCCAUGAUGGAGUGGCUGGGCAACGGAGCUUCGAUGUUCCCCGAUGAAGAGCCUCGCAGUGACCCGGCCUCCACGGCGAGAGGCUCCGCUCAUGUUUCCCAGCAGCUCCCUUCCCCUCUCUCCACAUCCCAGCCACCUCAGUCAGCAUCGUCCCACCUUAGUGAUAGUGCUAUUGCGUCUCUGUGUCAGAGACAGCAGCGCUGUGUGAAGGCCUCUAUCGUGUCCAGCUGGAGGUUGGCUGAAGCCCAGGACCAGCUAUGCUCUCUUGGGGUCCACGGCUCCGAGUCCCUGGAGCAGGAACGUGCCCGGACUUUGGCUUGCCCCACAGAGCUCACACACAUUGAGCAGGAAUGGCACCGCAAGGAGAGCAUGCUGGGAAGUCAGGACCCCAGCCACAGCCCUGUCCUUGGAGCUGUCGGAAGUUGGGAUGUUUUUGAUAAGAGCAUUAUCAAUGCCCAAAAUAAAUCUGUAGAAAUGGAUCAGGACAAAUGCAAAACAUUUCUCCAGAAGUAUGAGGAAGAGCUCAGGCAUUUCGGCAUGUUGCGGCGAUGGGAUGACAGUCAGAGAUUCCUGUCAGACUUGCCUCAUCUCAUCUGUGAGGAGACAUCCAACUACCUGAUCCUAUGGUGCUUCAGACUACAGCAGGAAGGGAAAGAGGCACUGAUGGAGCAGGUGGCGCAUCAAGCCGUAGUCAUGCAGUUCAUCCUGGAGAUGGCCUCCAACUCCCAGCAGGAUCCCAGAGGCUGCUUCAGACAGUUCUUCCACAAAGCCAAAGCAGGACAAGAGGGCUACCUAGAUGUCUUCCAUACAGAGCUCGAGGCCUUCAAGCACAGAGUGAAAGAGUACACUGUCAAGUCUAAAGAGGAUACACCCAACGACAGCGAGACUGUCAAUACACGCUGCAGACUUGAUCCCAAAGAAGUCCUUGAAUCUUUACCUCCAGAACUGAAGGCCGGCUUCCAGCUCCAGGAUAUGCAGAUCUUACACAAUGUUCUCCGCACCAUGAAUCCACAGGUGGCAGAGUACCAUGUGAAGCGCUGUUUAGAAGCCGGACUAUGGACCAGCACAGGGAGGUGGACAAAAGACGAUACUACAGAAACAGAUGAUAUACGCAUGAUGGAGACAUCCUAGCAAAUGUGGGGUCAGCCCCCCGCCUUCUUUCUCUCCUUUCCGGCCCUUACCACAGUCCCCCCCAUGACCACAGGAACAACCUGAAUUAAUAAGCCCUCUUUCUACAGCUGACCAUGCUGACAAUGCCAGUACAGAGCAGGGAUUAAUAAAAGCAUGAUCAGUUUUCACUGGCACUCAUUUGUCAACUUUUGCACCUCAUCUCAUGUUCAGACUGCACAAGAGAACCUGCAGGUAACCAUGUACCUCUUAACAACAAACAUCAUUAUUAUUAUUAUUUUGUAACUUGGUUGAUGUCUGGCGAGUUGCUUCCUGCAGGAUAUUUGCUAAUGAAAUUAUGGGUUGUGCCAUAACCCUGGGUUUAGUAAUGGAGGAUAAGAGUUCUAUAAGCCUGUCUUCAGAUAACACUCUUUCAUUUAUCCCUGCAAAUAAACAUCUGUUUUUGAGAGGUAAAGAGCUGACCAACCUAAGUGCGUAAACUAGAUGACAAAAAAAAACAAUGAACAGUUUCUCUGGUUAAUAUUCAGUUAUUACUGCCCACCUCUGAAAUAUGACCCAGGGUGGUGGACAUCUAUUAGUAUUGAUAUUAGAACGUUGCUUAACGUUUAGAGGGCUAUUAAAACCCAGUCUCACGCCUCUGUUGAAAUUGUCUUCAGCGUAAGGCCUUUGAUAGAUUUUGAGCUAGUUACUUCACUCACCGCUGUCAUGCCAGUAACCAAAAGUGCAUUCCUCGUGGUAAUUUGAACUUGUAUUCGCAGAAAACACAGCUGCAAGCAAGCAGACGAGAAUGAAAUGACAGCAGAUCUGUACAGAGACGCUUCCAAGUCAAUUCUGUUGCUCGUUGUGCAGGUCACACUAAGUGAAAUGUGGCUGACACUCGUGCAAGGUGGAUAUAUGAGGAAUGGGAACUGGAAUUGUUGUUUAACAAGAUCUGCAUCUCAGAGAGAGAGAGAGAGAGACUGAUAGAGAGAGAGAGGAAAGGCAGGGGAAAGAGAGGGGAUGACAAGCAGCAAAUGGCUUGAGAUGGGAUUCAAACUCAGGAUGCUGUGGGUUGGACUCAGCUUUAACAAGUGGGCUGUGCUCUUAUCUGGUGAGCUACAAGGGCACCUGAUCAGUGGCCAUUUACUCUCAGAACAAACAGAAGGUGCAGUCAGCAGCUCGGCCUUGUCUAGGCGGUUGGGAUAAUCAGCUGCUUGACAUGUUGACAUGUGUUUCCACUCCGAGUUGAGCCAUGAAGCCGUACAGAGCUGCCAUCCUUUUCCCAAGUACAGCAACAACCUAAGUUGACAAGAGAAAAAUAGAUAGCCUAUCCUAUAACCCUGCUUUACCAAUAAAGAAUGGGAAUUAUUGCCAAGGUAGUCUUACUGGCUUUUCCUUCAGGCUGAAUAAUUUGUUAGAAUGACACGCACCAAGGCCAGCGCGUACGUGGCCGUGGGAAUGGCGCUACAUGAGGAAUAGCCUUUUGGCCAUUGUCCUGCCUGUUUGUCUUAGUGAAGGCAGGACAAUGGUUGAUUAAAUGUUUUAGACAAAAUAUUUUUCAGUGUUGUCUGGAGAGAGGCUUAUAGUAAUUAUUAAAAUUCGGAAAUUCCAACUAAAACGUAAACCUCCUCCAUUUGUCAUGCAUAACAAGCAUCUUUGAUGUUCAUAUUUUGUCUGAAUAGUGCAUAACUUAAAAAAAUCAUGUGUAAUUUCCCCCAGGGCACAACCGACCUGUGAAGUCAACAGAGGUGCAUUUGGCCACACUGUUACCAAAGUGUGAAUGGGAUUUCCAGUUCACAGAAAACAACACCAUAUUCAACAUACACUUACAAGGAAUUUCUCUUGUUCACUUGGCUUUUUCAAACUUUUCUGUACUUGAAAUGAUUCAGGCUUACAGAACCAUAUUGGACGGAGUAAGAAGAGUGCAUACACUAAUGUACCCAUCAUUUCAUGCUGGGUAACCAGUAAUAUAAUUUAUUGAUAGAGAAUGCACCUAAGUAGUGAUGCAAAUUUGCAUUUUGUGAAGGGCAAGAUCAGUCCAGUUGUUGGCACAGCUUGUAAAUGACACAAAUAAUCCAUAUUCAUGUAAUAUCUGGAUGUAGGACUCAUGGUAAUAGCUGUGUGGGCAAACAGCUAGUAGGUAAAGAGAGGCAAUAAUACUUGUCAUAUUUGGCUGUUAUACAUUAUAACCUCUUAUUAAUCUAAACUAAUAAGGUUUGCUCCCUGAUCAUUUAUUUCACUCAAGAGCUGCAAGUUUCAGCCAGAAAAUGUAAAGACCGCUCAGUGCAGUUAACAAAUUGUUUUUCAUCAUGCCAAAUGGUUAUUGUGGCAUUUGCACUGGUGAUCUUCCGUCUUUCCCUACAUACAAGAUGGACUUGGUCUGGGUGGGUUUUUUUUUUUUUUUUUUUUUAGGUAGAAUGGUGGGCCAGACUGGGGCUAACUCCUUUUUACCAGCUUUCCAUCUAUUUUACACAGAAUUCAAGCUGGAUCACUACCGCCAAUUUCCUUCUACAAGUGCUCCAUGUAAAGACUGCUGUAUAUCAUGUGUUGGCUAAAGUUCUUGGUUCUUGGAUCAGCACUUAAGUAGGAGAAACAAAGCACCAGUAUGGAGGGGGGAAAAGGGCUGCGCUCUCCACAAACAGACUUUUAUAUUUGUAUGUAGAGAAGAUAUCUCUACAUCUGAAUGUCUCCUGCACUUUAUAUUUCUCUUUCAAAACAGAAAAGUGGUUGAAAAGAGGCAGAGGGGGUAUUUCUGAAGCACUUGACCUCAUUACUCUUCCUUAAUCCAUAUCGCUUUGAUUUGAUUGAAAACUUUUUUUUUUUUCAUUUACAAGCAGGCCUUAGAUGAGCUUGUGUUUGAAUUAUGUGACAUUUCGUUUCAAUGUUAUUCUUUUAUUUUAUUUUUUUAAAUUCUGGUGUUUCCUGACUUUAUCUGCCACAGUGUUCAAGGGAGCUUGCUCUGAUUAUUAGGCUUCCACCUUACUGGCCCCUUUAGUGCCCUCAAAAUUCAGAGCCAAAUCUUUAAUGCUAGCAAGCUGAAAUCUGUGAAAAUCUGCUGAGCAAGAUGAUCAAUAAGAUUUAUAUUGCAAAUUGUGGAACUGACUAUCUCCUGGUGCAUUAAAGUACACGUGGUUUCGACUUAAA